AUGGCUGCACAGGAGCCGUCUCCACCAUCCACCCUGGAAGGCAACAAACCGGGCUUUCCAAAGAAAAUCCUAGCUAACAACCUGGACGACGAGCAUUUGUGCAAUUCGUGCCAGAAAAUCCUGAGGAGGCCCCUGCAAGCUCAAUGUGGUCACCGCUUUUGUUCGUUCUGCUUCAACAAAAUCGUGAGUUCUGGACCUCAGAAAUGCAGCGCUUGCAUCAAAGAAGAAUUGUUUGAAGAGCCCACCUCCAUUCUCAAGGAAGGCGGUGCCUUUCCUGACAACGCAGCGCGGAGAGAGGUUGAGGCCUUGGCAGCUGUCUGUCCCAACGAAGGAUGCACGUGGACGGGAACUAUCAAAGAGUUUGAGGCCUGCCAUGAGGGAAACUGUGACUUCAUGAUCAUCCUGUGUCCCUCCUGCAAAGAGCUGAUGAGAGCCAACGAGCAGGAGCGGCACAACGAGAGAGAAUGUCCCGAGAAGACGCUCAACUGCAAAUACUGCAAAGAGCCCUUCCUGUUAAAGAACAUCAAGGCUCAUGAUGAGAUCUGUCCAAAGUACCCGCUGAUCUGUGAAGGCUGUGCAAAGAAAAAGAUCCCCAGAGGAAAGUAUGUGGACCAUAUUAAAUUCUGCAGUAAAUUUAAAGCACCAUGCCGAUUCCAUGUUGUUGGCUGCGAUACGUCUGUGGAGAAAGAGAAGAUCCAUGACCACGAGAGGCAGUGCUCGUACGAACACCUCAACAUGCUCCUGCAUUUCAUCAUGGGCAUCAAGCUGCAGCUGCAGAGCAAGAAGGCCAAGGUGGUGGAGCUGACCCGCCGCUGCCAGGAGCUGGUGCUCAAAGUCAGCACGUUCGAGAACAUCGUGAGCGUCCUCAACCGAGAGAUGGAGCGCUCCUGCACCAUCGUGGAGGCCUACAACCGCCAGCACAGACUGGACCAGGACAAGAUCGAGAUCCUCAACAACAAGGUCCGUCAGCUGGAGAGGACGGUGAGUCUGUGGGACCUGUCCAUCGUGGAGAUGGAGGGGAAGAUGAGGGAGAUGUCUGCGGCCACAUACGACAGCAUCUUUGUGUGGAAGAUCUCCGACUUCACCAAGAAGAGGCAGGACGCCGUGGGCGGCCGCGCCCCCGCCAUGUUCUCCCCCGCUUUUUAUACCAGUAAAUACGGCUACAAGAUGCGCCUGCGGAUCUACCUGAACGGCGACGGGACGGGUCGGGGGACGCACCUCUCACUCUUCUUCGUGGUGAUGAGAGGAAACAGUGACCCACUCCUCAAGUGGCCUUUCAACCAGAAGGUCACCCUCAUGCUGCUGGACCAGAACAGCAGGGAGCACAUCAUCGAUGCCUUCCGGCCCGACGUCUCCUCCUCGUCCUUCCAGAGGCCCGUCAGCGGUAUGAACAUCGCCAGCGGCUGCCCGCUCUUCUGCCCACUCUCCAAGCUGGACUCCAAGAACUCCUACAUACGUGACGACACCAUCUUCAUCAAGGCCAUCGUCGACCUCACUGGGCUCUAGGUAAAGGACUGGGGCCAUUCUGUUGCUCCUCGCCACUUUAAUUUCCCCAGUAACUGCCAUCUGUCUUUGAGAACCGUCUUAUUUUUUGGUUAAAGUACGGA